AUGACUAAAUACCCUCUCUUCUUUCUCCUCUUUCUCUUUUCCAUUUCUGCUUUUGCUGCCGAACACCACCAUCUGCGGCCUCUUCCACCACCACCUCCUCCGCUACAUCAGCAUCAACUUAACAACAUAAUCGACGCUCUCAUUGGAGCUGGCGACUUCAACAACUGGGCAAACAUGCUUUCGGCCUACGACCUCCUCAUGCUUCCACUUUCAGCUACCCUUUUUGUCCCUUCUGAUGAUUCUUUCUUCCCAUUCCCAGUCCCAACUUCCUCCACCACCGCCGCCUCCUUUGACCUUUUGUCGUCCCUUACCACAUUGUCCCUCUCCAACUUCACUCUUGAUGCCUCGCGGAUUUCCUACCCCGAUCUUUACCUCACAUCAGCCAUUGCUGUCCACGGCAUUGCCGCACUCCUCAACUACACUGUCUACGGUGGUGAUGCUGGCCUUGUCCAUGGCAUUGCCCCACCGCCACCGCCGCCACCUCCAAUGUUUGAGCCGGUGGGGGAGGUGAAGGGUGAUAGGCGGAGGUCGGAUGCUGGUUGCUUGAAUAGGGAGUUUGCUUUUGUUUUGUUGCUGAUUCCUUGGGUGGUUUGGGCAUAA